UAAACAGACAAAGACUUCUCUCUCUCUGUCUCCGUCUCUCUCUCUCUCUAACAGUCUUCUCUUACUCGUUCAACCAUCAAAAUAACCAUUGUUUCUUCUCCAGUUUCAUUGGCCAAGUGCCAAGCAAAGCAACACAAGGAACAGAGGUUCACAUGGGUCUCUGCUUUUCUUCUCCCUCUCGCUCUGAACUAAACACUUCUUCCCUCAACCGCCCUCAGUAUUCAGGUUCAGCGAGCACUGACAGCAAGAACGUGGGGUCCUCUGCAACCACUGCCACGACAAGCAGCGCCGAGAAGAGUCAAUUUUCGGAGAUUACAAGUGGAAGCUUUGACGGCGAUGGAUCUGUUCCUCUUCCUUCCCCAGGUGGCCAGAUUCUUGAAAGGCCAAACUUGAAGGUGUUCAGUUUUGGGGACUUGAAAUCUGCAACAAAGAGUUUCAAAUCUGAUACAUUGCUUGGUGAAGGUGGUUUUGGCAAAGUUUACAAGGGUUGGUUAGAUGAGAAGACUCUCACACCUGCAAGAGCAGGCUCUGGGAUGGUUGUUGCCAUCAAAAAAUUGAACCCAGAAAGCACGCAAGGAUUUCAAGAGUGGCAGUCAGAAGUCAACUUUUUGGGAAGGCUCUCUCACCCCAACCUGGUCAAAUUAUUGGGUUACUGUUGGGACGAUGACGAGCUUCUUCUUGUGUAUGAGUUCUUGCCGAGGGGAAGCUUGGAGAAUCAUCUCUUCAGAAGAAAUCCUAACAUAGAACCACUUUCUUGGAACACCCGAAUUAAAAUAGCUAUUGGUGCAGCUCGGGGCUUGGCUUUCUUGCACACUUCUGAAAAGCAAGUCAUAUACAGAGAUUUCAAGGCCUCAAAUAUACUCCUCGAUGGGAAUUACAAUGCAAAGAUAUCAGAUUUUGGCUUAGCUAAAUUUGGGCCUUCCGGGGGAGAUUCACAUGUAACUACCAGGGUCAUGGGCACAUAUGGUUAUGCUGCUCCAGAAUACAUUGCAACAGGCCACUUGUACGUGAAGAGUGAUGUGUACGGCUUCGGUGUUGUGUUGCUAGAAAUGAUGACAGGCAUGCGAGCACUUGAUACAAAGAGGCCAACAGGGCAGCAGAACCUGGUUGAAUGGGUUAGGCCUUUACUCUCAAAUAAAAGGAAGUUGAAAACCAUAAUGGAUGCAAAGAUAGAGGGCCAAUAUUCACUCAAGGCAGCAUUGCAAUCAGCACAGCUUACACUAAAAUGCUUAGAAUCUGAUCCUAAACACCGUCCUUCUAUGAAAGAAGUAUUGGAGGCAUUGGAAGGAAUUGAUGCUAUUCAGGACAAAUCCAAGAACCGCAAUUCUCACCAUCCUCAGCACCACAAUUCUCAUCAAUCUCAACUUCAUUCUCGGCAGAGAGUUGUACAAGUAUAAAUAAUGAUAGUCAUAAUAAUAAAACACUUGAAAUUGAGGUUGAUAAGUAAUAUGGUUCAAUGAAUAGGCUGAAUCAGUCCCUUAUUAGAUGUGAUUUUUUUUUAUUGUGCUGGUUGGAUGGUGAGAUAUUCACAAGCCUUUUUAUACUGUGUAGUUUUUAUUAUGAUGAUUUUGUUUAGUUAUACACAUUUUUCCAAAGUGGGAAAUAAUUGAGUA